AUGGCUGCUUUGCAACGAGUAGCGUCGAGCUUGAGCACGAGCGCGAGCAGUUAUGGAUCAUGUAAAGGUUCAGGUGCAGAUGUAAUGGUAUCCGAUCAGUUCCCCGCUGGUUUGCGGGUUCUGGUGGUGGAUGAUGACAUCACUUGCUUGAGAUUGCUCGAGAAAAUGCUUCGCCGCUGCCUUUAUCAUGUUACCACUUGCUCCCGUGCCACAGCUGCUUUGGAACUUCUGAGGGAAAGGAAAGGCUGUUUUGAUGUGGUACUAAGUGACGUUCACAUGCCUGAUAUGGAUGGAUUUAAACUUCUUGAACAUGUUGGGUUGGAAAUGGACCUUCCAGUUAUUAUGAUGUCUGCUGAUGGGAGAACGAGUGCUGUAAUGAGAGGAAUCAGACAUGGAGCUUGUGAUUAUUUGAUUAAACCUAUACGUGAAGAAGAGCUCAAGAAUAUAUGGCAACAUGUUAUUAGGAAAAAGUGGAAUGAAAACAAAGAACAAGACCAUUCUGGAAGCUUUGAGGAUAAUGAUCGGCAUAAACGAGGGAAUGAUGAUGCUGAAAAUGCAUCUUCUGUUAAUGAAGGGGCCGAAGGAAGGAGCAUUGCUAAAGAAGACGAUGAUACUGAUCUGGAAAAUGAUGAUCCAUCUGCAUCAAAGAAACCACGUGUUGUGUGGUCAGUGGAGCUCCAUCAGCAAUUUGUCAGUGCUGUAAACCAGCUUGGAAUUGAUAAGGCUGUGCCUAAGCGAAUCCUCGAGUUGAUGAAUGUGCCUGGUUUAACUAGAGAAAAUGUUGCAAGUCAUUUGCAGGGAAGAGUUUCGCUUGGCUUUUGGUGUAGCAGUUCUCCAGAUGUGCGCUUUGCUUAUGGUGGUGCCGGCGAAGCUCCGACUAGUUAUAAGUUUAGACUAUAUUUGAAGAGAUUAAAUGGGGUUGCUCAACAAGGUGGGAUGUCUAAUACAUUCUGCGGACCUUUGGACUCAAAUGGAAAACUUAAUCCACUUGGAAGAUUUGACAUCCAAGCUUUGGCUGCCUCUGGCCAGAUUCCUCCACAAACUUUAGCAGCACUGCAUGCUGAGCUUUUUGGUCGUCCUGCAGGUGGUCUGGUUACAACAGUGGACCAACCAGCACUUUUACAAGCAUCCAUGCAAACUCCAAAAUGUAUUCCUGCUGAACAUGGUGUGCCAUUUCGUCAGCCCAACAUUUCCAAACAUUUUCCACAGAAUGUGAUCUCUGUUGAGGAAGUUGCUUCAGGGUUUGGAGCCUGGCCCUCUAAUAGUGUUGGUACAGCAGGACCCAGUAGCAAUCUUGGAGGGAUGAACAGUCAAAAUGGUACCAUGUUGAUGGACAUAUUGCAGCAGCAGCAGCAGCAGCAAUCACAGCAACAGUCAUCAUUACCAGAGCCCAGCCGUUCAAUUAACGUGCAGCCAUCUUGCCUUGUGGUCCCUGCCCAACCAUCGGCUGCUUUUCAGGCAGGAAAUAGUUCUGCUUCAGUCAAUCAGAAUUGCAGCUAUAACAGGAAUGCUAUGAUUGAUUACAGUCUCCUGUCACCUCAAUCAAAUAAUUCCUCAUUGAAUAUUGGACAAAUAUCAAAUGGGGACCUCAAAACCACAGGUGUAAGUGUGUACUCAGGCUCAGGUUCCAUAUCUCCUUUGUCAUCAUGCUCUGUAAAACCUGACAACACCUCUCAGCAAGGUCGAAGCUCAACCAUGACAAUUCGAGCUGUAAGACAAUUACCAGGACUUGGUCCAAAUAGCUCUAGCUUCCAGGGUUCUUAUGGUGCUAAGUCUAGUGAAGUGCUUGAUCAAGGACCUCUUAGGAAUCUUGGAUUCGUUGGUAAAUGUACCAGCAUUCCAAGCCGGUUGGCUGUGGAUGAAUUUGAAUCAAUGAUGAGCAACUUAGACCAUGAAAAAUUCUAUAUGGAGACCAAUGGUAAUAAAGUGAAGCAGGAGCCGAAUAUUGAAUUUAUGGAUAAUUCCAGAGUUGGCAUCCCAAUGUUUCAACCAUUGCCCCCGGUGUCAAGUGAUCUCAUGAGUGUUUUCACAGAAUAG